AGUCGAGCGCGAGAGACGGGAGAGCGCAAACCUGUCCGCGAUCGUUUCGCCCGCAUCCGACUGGCCUUUCGGGGUAGCGUGUGCGCGUUCGCGCGAUCACCACAGCACGGAGGACUGUUGUGCUUGUGGGAAGAGAUAUUACGCUUUGCCAUCGGUCAAAGGAUAAAGGAGGGAAAGCGAAAGAGUGGCAAGGAAAGGAAAAAACAAAGAAAGAAAGAGAAAGAGAGAGAGAGAGAGAGAAAGAAAGAGAGAUAGAUAGAGAUAGAGAGAGAGAGAGAGAGAGAGAGAGAGAGAGUGAGAGGGAGAGAGGCACACGCUGGAAAGAACUCAACUGGCCGCACUCGAGCGUGUGUGCGCGCGCGCGCUGUGUGGGAUAACGGCGAUCAGCCGUACUCUGGUGACACGAGCCCAUGAACUCUUUCGCGAGCGACCGAAGAAUUCCUCCUCCUUCUUCUGCUCCCUUCCAUCCUCCCUCCCGUAGGUAUAAACCUGGAUGAUUUCGCGCGUCUAAGCGUCGUCUCUCUUCCUUCUUUCAUUUUCACCGAGCCGUCCACACGUUUCUCCACUCUCGUUAUAUCUAAAGGGGUACCAUACGUAAGCAGAGAAAACGGGAAAGAGAGAGAGAGAAAGAGAGUGAGCGAGCGAGCGAGCGAGCGAGUGAGUGAGUGAGUGAGUGAAUGAUAUCGAGAAUCGUGCAAUAGUCGUGAUCUCGCACGCGGCUCGACCGCUUCCGUAAUGGAGGAACAAUCAUCGAUGUGUGUUGUCGUCGUCGUCGUGCGCAAAGAGGACGGUUGCCACGGCGAUGUUCGUCGGUGUGGCUGAAACCGGACGGAAUUUUUUCUUCGUUUGAGAUCAACGUGCCUGGCCGGCCGGCCGGGUGACUGACAAGGACAGUGCGAAAUUUUGAUAUGGGAUCGUCCAGGGUCUUCGACUCGGCUCGGCCUCGCAACCGUCUGUGACAACCACUGGCCGCUUUGAGUAGUGAGAGAGGAAGAAGGAGAUAGUUAAGCUAGGUACUUAUAUAGGAGCAGAAAGCAUAGAGAGAGAGAGAGAGAGAGAGAGAGAGAGUGCGUGUAAGUAGCGAAAGAGUGCAAGGCUGAAGAAAAAAGAACGAACGAACGAGAGAGAGAGAGAGAGUAUACGAACGAACGAGCGAGAGAGAGAUAGAACGAAAGAGAUAGGACUACGCGAGAGGGUGUGGGUGAGCGAGAAAGAACGAGAGAGAAAGAGAGAGGGGGGAGGGGAUAGGUGUAGGAGGAGCGGAUAGAGAAGGAGGGAGAAAGAAAACGACAUAGGUGGGUGCGCGCGCGCGAGCCUGCGGUGUGCAACGUUCUUGCGCGCUAACUGCGCGUGUGUGCGUAUUUCUUGAGGUGGGUGUGCGAGUGCAUUUGUGUGCUUGUGUGUGGUUAGAGAUAGGUGUCGACGAGAGCGUGUCGGCCGCGUGUCGUGCUUUACCUUGCCGUGUGAGGCAGACUCUACCGUGAUUUUGUCAACGAUAUAGUGUGGAAAGGAUUUUGUCGCUGUAAAAUUCGGAAAGCGAAAGUGAGGUUAGAACGGCAUGGGGAUCGUCGAUCUCGACGGAGUGAAGUUGUCGUCGUCGUCGUCGUCGUCACCGUCACGGCCGUCGUCAUCGUGCGUCGUCGUCGGAGCUGUGGCCGCCGUCGUCGCCGUCGUCGCCGUCAUCUUCGUCGUCGAUCCUAAUUUCGAAGCGUGACGGCGAAAUUUUCUUUAGCAACGCGCCGAGUUAGGUGCUCCAGCUCGUAUGGUGGUGUCCCUUCGUCCUUCCAGCGGGAAGUCGCGUCUUCGUUGGCGUCUUCGAGGAAGGAGAAAAAAGAGAGAAUGGAGAUCCUUAAGCAGUGUUGCUUAACGACGAAUAUCGCCUUUACUGACCGUCUCCUGUGACGCGCGUGCAAGGGGGGGAGAGAGAGGGAGAGAGAGAGAGAGAGAGAGAGACGUAUAUACAAUCGUAUACGUAUAGGUGUUCGCAACACAUAUACAUACGUACGUACAUACACGUAGGGUGAGGGCUGAUCGAAAGAAAAAAAGAAAGAAAGAAAGAAAGAAAGAAAAAAAGAAAGAAAGAAAGAAAGAGGGAGAGAAAGAGAUAGAAUUUCUUUCUCGCUCAAUUUAGUUAUAGGAGGAAAGGAGAAGUGAGGAGGAACGUUCUCGAGGAGAAAAUUAUCGUUAAAUCGUCGUCCUGUCAGGAUGCAGAAGAGAGACGGCAGGGAUGGCCGCGAGAAGGAGCUCGGCCGUGGCUCCGAUCGCGAUCAGCAGGACGCGGCGAAAAGGACCUCCCGUGGUAGUGGAAACGCCACGAGGUCCAAUGUCCAUUCCUCGAGGCAUAGUGUCACCUCUUCGUCCGCUGUGCUGAUGGUUGGCCCGAAUUUUCGGGUCGGCAAGAAAAUCGGCUGUGGUAACUUCGGGGAACUUCGACUCGGGAAGAACCUCUACAAUAAUGAGCACGUAGCAAUAAAAAUGGAACCAAUGAAGUCGAAGGCGCCACAGCUACAUUUAGAAUAUAGGUUUUACAAAUUAUUAGGUACACAUGUUAAUAAUGUACGUGCAGAGGGUAUACCGGAGGUGUAUUACUUUGGCCCAUGUGGGAAGUACAACGCCCUGGUAAUGGAACUCCUCGGUCCGAGUCUCGAAGAUCUCUUUGACCUCUGUGGGAGGAGGUUUACCCUCAAGACCGUUCUUAACAUUGCCACACAACUCCUCCAUAGGAUAGAGUACGUCCACAGUCGACACUUGAUUUAUCGUGAUAUCAAGCCAGAGAAUUUCUUGAUAGGACGAUGUACGACUAAACGAGAAAAGAUUAUUCAUAUAAUCGAUUUUGGAUUGGCCAAAGAGUACAUAGAUCUGGAUACGAAUAAACACAUACCUUAUCGGGAACACAAGAGUCUUACAGGAACGGCGCGUUAUAUGAGUAUCAACACCCACCUUGGAAAAGAGCAAAGCAGAAGAGACGACCUGGAAGCGUUAGGACACAUGUUUAUGUACUUCCUACGUGGUAGUUUACCUUGGCAAGGACUAAGGGCCGAGACGUUAAAGGAACGAUAUCAGAAAAUCGGAGAUACGAAAAGAGCAACACCUAUCGAGGUUCUUUGUGAUGGACAUCCCGAGGAGAUGGCUACGUAUCUUAGAUAUGUACGCAGGUUGGACUUUUUUGAGACACCGGAUUACGAGUACCUGAGGAAGCUCUUCCAUGAUCUCUAUGAGAGACGAGGCUUCGUCAACGACGGCGAAUUCGAUUGGACCGGCAAGACAAUGCCACCCAACUUCGAGCAGCUCAGGGCAUUGAGGCUGGCAGCACCUUCUCAUAUCGAGAAAAACAAAUCGGACAAGUCCACACCGGUUGGAUCGCUACAAACGGGCCACGAAAUCGUCGUGUCACCGAAUCGCGAUCGGCAUCCGGCAACGUAUAAGGACGCGGCAGGUGGAGGGGUGGGAGGCGGGGGCGUAAAGGGGGUGGGAGCCACAUGGCCAGACGCAGUGAAGCAAUCAGGAGCUGGUGGUACAUUGACACCUGCUGAUAGGCAUGGUUCCGUUCAGACAAAGCAACAAUGGAUUAUGGUUGUUUCGUCGACGAACGGAGAAUUGGCUAAUGAUGAUCCAACUGCGGGUCAUUCUAACACGCCAAUUACGGCACCACAAGAAGUGGAUAUGAUCGAUGAAACCAAUGUUUGCUUCAUUUCCAGAUGCUGUUGUUUCUUCAAGCGGAAGAAGAAGAAAAGUGGAAGGCAGAAAUAACUGUCCGAUACCGUCGGUCUUGGGCGGUCAGUACAACAGUGCGCGAGUAAUAGUGCUGAUGGAUUUGGAGAUCGAGUCCCUGGAACGGCGAGAAUCUGCAAAAGCGGUGGAGACGGCGGGGGAGGUGGAGGUGGAGGUGGAGGUGGUGGUAGUGGUGUUCAAGACAGAGAUACUACUACUACUACAGCUGCUGCUGCUGCUGCUGCUGCUGUUGUUACUGCUGUUACUGCUAUCGCUACUGUUGCUAGUACUACCGCCGUUACUACCGUCGCUGGAGCCACUGGAGAUCCUGAAAAAGAAGCUAUCACUCUCCUACGUGCUGGAAGUCGAUCUGCUUCGAGAGAUUCGGUGCUGCAUACCACCAUCACGUUGACACCCACACCGACUCCACCACCGUUUUCAAAUUGAGCCACCACAUAGCCAUUAUUAUUGCUGCUAUUACUACUACUAUUAUUAUUACUACUACUAUUACUAUUAUUAUUAUUAUUAUUAUUAUUAUUAUUAUUAUUAUUAUUAUU